UGCAAGAGACCCUCUUGAGAUGUUCCCAGGGAUGAAGCCAGCUGCUGUCCUGACCCCCUCUUCCUCUGCCUUUGCUUUUCAGUGCUGCAGUCCAGAGAGCUGGGUGAGUCCUUCUGGCCCCUUCCACCAAGCAAACCUCCUGGCAAAGGAGCCCCCCUGGGAGGGACUUGGGUUUGGAUGGCUCCUGAAGUUACGGCUGAACUCCAGAGUGCCUGGGUGGGCUGACGGGGGGAUGGGUUGGCAGGGAUCCAUUCCCUGGGGUCUGGGGUUUUUUUGCACUCCCCAAAGAGAAAGAGUUGAGGGUCAGCCCAAACUCUCUCUGCUCCUGUACGAGCAGCCAUGGGAUGAGAAGCCGUCCCCUCUGAUCACUUAUUGUUUUUGGUUUUGCCUUCCAGCAAAAACAGAUGCAUUACUGGGUGAGUGUCCAUGAUCUCCAUCACCGAGUGGGGUGCUGUCCCUGACACUCUGUACUCAGACCUUUCCCUCCUUGCCCAUCCUCUCCAUCCCUGCAUCCCUGGGCCCUGGGAAAGCCCAAGGCGAUGUGCCUGGGAGGGUGGGCAGCUUGGGCAGACCAGAAAUGGGUUGUCCCCUCUCCCCUGCCUAGAGCCCUGAGCACCAGCCAUGGGACGUGACCAGGCUGGCAAGGAGCCAUUCCCAGAGGAACAAACAGCAGAACUGAUGGCCUGGAGAAAGUUUCUGCUUCCCCAUCAUCCAGACGUGGUGACCCUCGAUCCAAACUCGGCUCAUCCUGAACUUGUCCUGUCAGCGGAUGGGAGAAGUGUGAGAAGGGGAAGAGCACGGCAGGACCUGCCCGACACCCCUGAGAGAUUUGACACUCGGUGCUGUGUGCUGGGCCAGGAGGCCCUGUUCAAUGGCGAGACCAUCCGACCCUGGUUUUGGGUGGAGACAGAGGAAACCCAGCUGUGCCUGAGGGACUGCACCUCCUAG